AAUAAUGAAGAUCAGACAAACUUUUGUGAUGUUUUUCCUUGUAGUAGUAUUAGCAACGUCGUCGUUGUCCAACUCCAACGUUUUCGCAUCACGGGUGAUGUGGGCAAAUCCAUUGUCCAAUUCCACCGUACUGGCUUCACCGGGCGUCGAGGCAACGCCAUCUCAGAUUCACAUUUGCUAUAAACCUUGUACAAAAACUUACGGUGUUUAUCCAUGCUACGAUGACUGCCUAAGCAAAAAUUUUGAUGAUGGAAAUUGUGAAUAUAAUGGACUUUGUUGCUGCACAUAAUGAUAAAAAGUCGUCAUCCCAAAUGGUUGGCAAUCCUUGGUUAUGAGUAAACUGGCAAAUUCGAGCGUUUAUGCUUUGGUUAUGCUUUUUUAGUAGCAGAUUCAUGUAAACCGUUUAAUGAAAUAAAACUUAUUUUAUUA